AUGGAGGUGGUGGUACCAUCGCCAAGCAGUAUCCAUUUCUACAGCGCACCUUCCAGUCCAAUGCGCAUGUCUGAGUUUUAUAGAGACUUUGAUGAGUCACAAUCUUCCCAAAUGGACGAACCAAAUGUGGAGGAUGAUGAUUUUGCAUUUGAUAUUUGCCGGCAAUUAGAGGCCUCCACACUCUCAGCCGACGAGCUAUUUGAUGAUGGUAAAAUCCGACCACUAGAGACACCACCACAAUCACCAAUUUCUCAACAAAAUACAAUCUUCCAGAAUGCAUACGCCACUGAAAGGAAAGAUCCAUCAGAAACGAUAAUUGAAAACUCGGAAAAGAAAAAGGAACACAAGAGAGGGAGAGGAAGAAACCCAGCCUUGUCAUCCUCAGCAUCCCGGAGAGCAGUGAGGUCGCUCUCCCCCAAUAGAGUUUGUUCAUCUCCAUGGGACGAGAAGCAGCCUUCACGAAACAACGUCGGACAGCUGAAGUUGAUUUCAGGAUCUCCUUCUGCUACUGAUGCCAAUUCUAAUACCACCUCAUCCAAGGGUAGUAAAAGAUGGAGAUUAAAGGAUCUGUUUCGAAGUGCAUCUGAAGGACGAGGAACUGGAAAAGAUCCUCUAAGGAAAUACUCAACCUUAUACAAGAAACAGGAAGAACUAAAGAAGACAAGCUCCAAAGCUAACAAUAGCAGAGGUGGACCGGUUUCAAUUUAUGAGCCGUAUUUUUCAUUGAAUAGAGCAGCAUCAGAAGACAUGAAGAAGAAGACUUUCCUGCCCUACAAGAAGGGGAUUUUGGGAGGACUCCUCUUCAAUCCAACAAACCACAUGCAUGCCAACUUCAGGUCCUCACGCUAA